UCCUACGCAAAGCAGCUAUUUUCUUUCGUUUUCCAUCUCUUCUGCACAUGAGAGAAGGAAGGAGACUCGGUUACAGUAGUUCUUCCUGCGAUGGAGAUGGAGAGUCCUCACUAUGCUCCGACGACGACGACCGACAUCGACGCGUCUCGGCCGUCGUUGGGCUUCCCUCUGGGCAUCGCCCUCCUCUUGAUCAUCAUCUUCACCUUGAGCGGAGUCUUCUCCUGCUGCUACCACUGGGACAAGCUCCGAUCCCUCCGCCGAUCCUCCGACAACGAUCGAUCGUCGCCCUCCAAACCUAAACCCACCGACGUGAGUUGGAAGCCAAACGGAAGCGGGAGCGUGUCGGUGCUGAUGCCGGGCGAUCAGAUACCGAAGUUCAUAGCAUUGCCGUGUCCUUGCGAGCCUCCGCCACCAGCCAGUUUCGCCUUGGAGGUGGACAAGCAGCCGCCGCCACCGAAGCCGCCGCAGAUAGCUGUUCCCUUGUAUAUUUAAUAUUAGCUAGCUAAUUAGUUAUUUGUAUAUUACUAUUAUGCCACUUGGUAGAAAAAAGUUUAUGUGAUUACAAAAAUAAAAAAUAUAUUUUACAAUUGGAAAGCCGAAAUUUUCUACCUUUUGCCAAUGGGCAAAUGGCUGCUAAUGGAAGAUGGCAUCGCAGAUAUUUGAUUGAAUAAAUAAAAAUGAUUUUGAGGCGUUGAUGGCAAGUUUAUUUAAA